AUGCAAGAAGCCCAGAAUGGGAAAGAACCGGAGGAAGAGGAAGAGUUGGAGGGACUGGAAGAUGUCAACAAGGCACUAAUAAGGAAACACCAGCUUCCACUCUCGGCACAGUCAGCCUUCAGCUACAUCCCGCCUCGACGCAAGGACCCUCCUGAGCUUAGUUAUUUUUACCAGGAGAGAAAGGUAUGUCCAGAAAUUUUGUGCGAUAAUUGGGAGGAGGGGUCAAAGCAUCCAAGACAGGUGUUUCGGCAAUCACAUCUCAAAAUAUUCUUACAGGAAAAGAAAAGGCCUAUAGCCAUCUUGUCUUCUUCUGAAUAUGGGCGGCAUAUAAACAAACCAGUGGAACAGCUAAUCCGAGACUACGUGCGCAUUAAUCACGUAAAGACAGAGUUCUACAGAAAAAAUGGAAUAGCCUGCUUGAUAGAAAAAUGAAUCCAGCUUAAGAAUCUACUGUUGAUAGAUAACUAACAGCAAGAUGGUAUCAAAUUCCUGUAGUGUCCUGCUUGGAUUUACAGUGCAAAUGUAACAUUACAAUAUCUUUCUAUAUAUUUAUUGCUGGGGUUUUAGCUAAAACCAGGUUUAGGUCCUUAAAGGCAUAGUGAUACUUGUGUGACCUCCAGUUUAUACUUGUACUCGCCUCUCCAUUUUUUCUCCUGGAAAAAUUGUGCAAAGAUUUCACCAGAAAAGAGGCUUGACACUCUUAACACACUGAAGUAGCCAUGUAUUAAUCUGAAAACAAUCACCUCUGUCAUUUCUUGUUUGUUUAUGAU